UUUUUAUGAUGUUUGCUGAUCUUGUGAUUGAAAAUGUUUUCUUGAAUCUUGACACAAGUUGCAGCCCCCAUAAACAUGUACUCUUUGCUUCCUUAGGUGUCAGGGUGGUUUAUCAUAAAGUGUUGAUGUAGAAUGGCUGCAACCAGGACUCGAGUUAGUAGCUUCUCUCGCAAUCUGUCAAGUGUGACAUCUCAGAAUCCUGGGCUUAAGCAUGGCCCUAAUGGGACAAUGUUCAUCUCGUCUGGGAUUCCCGAUCUGGACAAGAUUUUGGGUGGUGGUUUUUCUCUGGGUAGCCUUGUCAUGGUUAUGGAAGAUGCUGAAGCACCUCAUCAUAUGCUUCUAUUGAGAAAUUUUAUGUCUCAAGGACUAGUGCACAAACAACCACUCUUGUAUGCUAGUGCGUCUAGAGACCCUAAAGGAUUUCUUGGUACUUUACCUAGUCCAAUGUCAUCCAAAGAGGAUAAAUCUCGAGAGCUUAGCCAUGAAAAGGAUCUUAGAAUUGCUUGGCAGUACAAGAAGUAUUUUGGUGAGUCUCAGCCAAAUCUCAACACUAAUAAUGGUGGUCAGCAUGAUUACUGCAAUGAUUUUGACUUGCGGAAGCCCCUGGACCGACAUUUUUUUAGUGGCAAUAAUGUAGACUGUGUUAGCAUCCAAGAUUCUCCAAACCUUACUGCUCUUCAAGAUCAUUGUGCUGGAUUUCUAGCUCAAUUUUCAAGAAAUGAAGGCAGCCUACCCUCUGCUGGUCGUAUUGCGAUUCAAUCAUUCUGUUCUCCACAAUGCAAGUAUUCAGAUAUGGAGUGGCAUAUGCUUUCCUUUAUUAAGUCCUUAAAAGGUAUGGCAAGGUCUUCAAAUGCUGUUGUUGUUGUUACCUUUCCACCUUCUCUUCUUUCUCCAUCUUGUUCAAAAAGAUUGCAACAUAUGGCAGACACCUUGCUUUCAGUCAGAGCCAUUCCAGACGAGGACAAGGAACUCGCAAAACUCCUCACUGGUUACCAGGACAUGAUUGGACUUUUAAAUGUACAAAAAAUUGCACGGUUAAAUACACAGGUUCCUGUGAUUCUGGACGCCACAACAUUCUCAAUAAAAUUGCAAAAACGGAGGUUUUUGGUUUUAGAAUGUCUAAAUCAAGCGCCAAUUGACGGUUCAAGUGGGAGUUCAUAUGGUACAUCUGGUGGUUGUUCUGGGUCAAGUAAAGCCGGGCCACUUGAUUUUUAGAUUAUACCUUAUUUAUAGCAGAAGAUUUGUAUCACCAAAAAUACGCUAGCAAUAGUGACUCAGGCUCAAUGUUUUUUCUCAA